AUGUCGGUGAGUUCACAAACGGAUUUGAAAAGAAUUUUGAAAAAUACAACGGACAAGCCACCCUUCAAACUUUGUUUCUCUAAACAACGACCAAUUGGACAAUCGGAUGCUUACAUUUCUAAGAUCAAUGCUAACUUUGUAACACCCAAAUUUUAUUCAAGAGAACACGAGAAUUUGCAAAAUCUCGAUUUGGAGGAAACAAUUAAGCGUAUAACAAAAGAGGAUGAAAAAAUUCCUAAGGGAAUUUAUCGGUGGCCAUUGUUGACCAGUCAUACUUACGGUUGGUGGCACGAAAAAGGAAUAGAACCGAAGGAUCAAAGAUUUCAAUUUCACAAGAAAACUUCGGAUUUAGUAAGCUUCCAAAUGAAGAUAUAUGCGGAAGAUAAAAAAAUGAAGAUCCCUAAUUCUAAUUUAAGUUCUCGUACAGCCAUUUUUCGGGACGGAUAUUCAAAGGAUAAUUUUUACGACAAAAGAAAUCGUUUAUCCAAGGACAGACUUAACGGUGAAUGA